UGAAAUUAAAAUAACUAUAACUACCUCACCUAAUGUUCUAAUUUUAAAUAAAUUUAAACGACCAAAUGCCACAAUUAAUUCCAGAUUUUUAAAUAUUAAUUCUUAUUCUCUAAAGUAUGUCCCCAAUCCGUUAAAAGCGGGUUUUAUUUACCGGCAAGUUGCCCGAUCAAUUCUUAAUUGUGCCAAGUUUUGACAUGCAAGUCGGUGUAUUGACAUACUGUUCAUGGUUCGAACACGUUGCUGUAUAGCUUUAAUACACAACUGAGGUUUGACAAUAAACACUGUGAAGAAUUAUUCUGUAAUAUUAUGUGUAGUUCAAGUGGAAUUCAUGUUACUAGUUAUCGGAUUGAUAAUGUAUUCGAUCUUGAUCUGGAUUUAUUGAAUCGUGAUAAAUAGAAACAGUGGUUUACGUUUUUCUUAUGUAUGAAUAAUAAUUUAUAAAUUCAAAUGGAAUAGCUAGGUCUGCAAUUUCAGUCUACGUAUAUAUGUAUAUUUAAGUUUAAAUGGGCUAAUAUGGCAUCGAGUCUACUAGGAUUACCACCGUGUGUGAAACAGACCGGGGCUAAAAGGGGUGCCCCGGGGCCGCUGAUCGUGACGACGAGCGACGAAGACUCAUCUGACGGGGAGGCUAUUCCGCUUAGCGCCCGAGGUCACGUCAGUCGCGUCAGUCCGCGUGCAAAUGUGACGUCAAUCACAGACACGUAUCCGAGUUUAAAACUCGACCUGUCACGGGCGCUCUCUGAUAAACUGCUGCCAGACGCCAAACAGGACACGCAUCGGCACGAGAUUCACCGGCACGAGAAACCGGAAGUACGUCAGCUACACGUUGCCCACACGGCACGAGCGGCAUCGCCGUCACCGGAAGCUGGCUUCAGUGCGCACAGACAAGCGUGCGACGGAUAUGAACACGAUCAUGAUUAUGAAAACGUAGCCUCCCCGAGCGGAAGUAGCACCGCCAGUGGUCCGGUCUAUGUCCGACCGCCCGGUUUUCAGCACCAUGCUCAGGAAAUUAGGCGCAAGAAAAAGAAAUCCACGGGCUUAUUGGAGCAGCGAAGGGAGGGCUUGAAAAGUCGAGCUCCCACUCCCCCUAAAGUAAAACCCAGGCGAGAUCCGUUGCCGAUGAGAUUACGGGCGCUGCCUCAGUCUUUCUGGAAACAGCCCAACAACCCCACAGCGUUCUCACCCGGAAACCUCUUUUCGUCACUUCCGCCUCUGAGUUACGCCAAAGAUGAUGACGUCACAGAAGUACGGCCUAUCACCCCGACGGAGGAGAAGGAGAAGAAAAAGCCGACGCCCCAGCUCAAGGCCCCGGAGCGGAAGAUCAUUGUAAAUGGGGACGCGGACUUCUUCCUCAAACACCUGUUUGCUGACGUCAUGGAAGACAAGAAGUCGUCCACCAAUGGGAAUGGAUCGCAUCUUAAGCGCGGGAGACCUCCGAAGAAAAUGAUGACCCUUCCGAGCAAGUCAAGCGUGAAGGGGUUGCUGUCGGGCGAGGAUCCUUACCUUCUGGACUGCUCGAUGACCCAGAAGCUGUUCCCACAGCUGUCGAUCGAGUCGCGGCAGGGCCACGGGGGCAUGUCGUCCCUUCAGCUCAUCACGUUGCGGGAGGGCGACAAAACCGUCACUCUGCCGUCGCUUAGCAUUGAGCAGAACUACUCGCAGAUGCUAUCGGAGCUGGUGAUGAACAUCUGAGUGAUUGAAGUAAGAUGGGGCAAUCUUUAAAGAAUAAAAACCUGAACUGAC